GUAUUGAAGAAUUUUCACAAGUUCCACAAGAGAAUAAAGAGAAGAUGUGGAAGCUCAUUUUGGACAAAUUUGAUAUUGGGCUGGAUGAUGUUAAAGAUCAAGAUGAACGUGAAAAGAAAAUAAAAGAUAAGAGGAAGUAUAUCAUGACAUCUUUGAACAAGAAGUAUCGGAAUUUUCGUGCACGUUUGAAAAGAGAAUAUUAUGACACUGAAGAAAAUGAUGACGACAGACUGAAAGAAGAUAAUAGGCCCCCAAGUGUUGACGAAAAAGACUGGGAGUGGCUUGUAUCAUACUUUGGCACUCCAGACUUUCAGAAAAAGAGUCGCAGAAACAUUGAGAAUAGGUCAUACCUUGAUGCCGGACAUACGGCAGGAACAAAAAGUUUUGCACAAAAAGCACAAGAUAUGUUUGAACGUGACAAGGUAAUGCCAGGAUUAUUGGAAUUGUACGAGGAGACUCAUACUAGAAGCGACAAAACACCUGUAACUCAAUCGGCACAGGCUACCAUGAUAACGAUUAUUCAAACUGGAUUUUUUUUGGUUGUAUUUGAAACAAAACGCAAGCCAAGUGCACGUGAUCGACAAAAAGGGAUAAGUCCCUCAGUGACAUCAUUAUUUGGGUCAUUUAGUGAAGGAGAAAAGUUUCGCAAAGAGGCUGAAGCAUCCAAAAAUGAAGCUAGUGAGGCAAAGAAGGAAGCAAACGAGUGGACCGAUGAAGAGGAUGAGGAAGAGCUAAUUCAAAAGUCUGAGAAAAAACACAAUGAUGUUGAAGAUUAA